GCAGGCUUCAUGCUUAUUUCGCAAGGAAAAGGACACCGUCUUUUUACUUCCUUCUCCGCUACCCGUGUUAUCCCUCGAACCAGUAACCCGAAGGAGUAACAGUUAUCCAAUCAAGGCUCAAGAGAUUGAUUUCUAUUGUCUACCAUUCAAUCAAUCCCUUGCUGCUAUGUGGGGUUCGUCUCGAAAUUCUUCUCAACGUCCAGGCAAGCAGAAGCAAGAAAGAGAAGGCUUUUCGGUGAGUUUUAGGCUAGAGAAUUUCAUUCCUGGGCUCGUCGUUGGCUUCAUUUGUGGCAUGUUAUUGGAUUUAUCAAAACCCACAAAAAGUGGAACAAGUAAAAGUAAUCUUUCAGCGGGCAAGUCGCAACAGCUGGAUUUCUUCUCAAGAAAUGGUGUCCAAGAGCUUAAAAUGGUUCUGGUAGUUAGGCAAGACCUGAAGAUGAGAUCAGGAAAGAUUGCAUCUCAAUGUGCUCAUGCUGCCACUGGCAUGUAUGCAGAAUUGAUGCGGAGCGACCGGUCCCUUCUGAGACAAUGGGAACAAUGUGGUCAACCCAAAAUAGUUGUUACAUGUAAAAAUCAACAGGAAAUGAAUAAGUGUAAGGAAGCAGCUGAGAGCAUUGGCCUCCCAACUUUUGUUGUUGCUGAUGCUGGAAGAACUCAGGUCUCGGCUGGGUCAAAGACGGUUCUUGCAAUUGGACCUGGUAAAGUUGUUAUUUUUAAUGAAUUAACUCUUAUAAUGCCACUUGGUUCUCUUGCUGGUAAAUAGAUCAUAUUGCCACCCUCUUCCCCACACUCACUCCACAUUCCUGGCCCCAGUUGGUCACCUUGAACAAAAAAAAUAAAUAAAUAAUAAAAAGGGAAAAGAAGGGGCUCCUGUAUUACUAAAGUGAAGGUUUAUUGCCGGUUUGGAGCAGGAGCAAAAGCAGCAAUUGAUUCAGUUACAGGAAAGUUGAAUCUACUCUGAAAUUGUUGAACACAUCGAGACCCCAUCAUUCAUUUACUUGGUCGAUAUUCUCAGACUAUUGUUUCAGUCCCAUCCUUGCUGCAAAAAUUUCUCAGCUAAUUUUGUUCAAGGUGGUCUUAUGGUGGCCAAGGGAGCAGCAGUUAGUGGUGGUGAUAGUUUCUCAGACUCUGUUAUGGAAGACAUCAUUAUCCUGUCAUGCUGCUGAGAAUUUUUGUUGUAUCUUCCAUUGUUUGGCUUGGCAUAGUAACUAACAAAAGAAGAAGCCUCCAUGGUAAUCUUGGGAUAUCGGUGUUCAUCUAUUUGGUGACUGUAACAUGUCUUAGAUAAUUUAUGUACCUCAAAUUAUAUUUAAAUUUCAUCUGAUACUUUAAUGGAAAAGUAUAGAAACCUUUUUUUUUUUUGCCACAAUGAAAACAAAUUUGGAAGAGCUAUUUCCCAA